AUGGGGAAGUCACCACUGCCUGACACACGGACCCGGCAAUCCACCCAAAUAUCGUUAUCCUCACGUCUCCUAUUCUCCCUCCUCCUCCUCUCUCUCGCCCUCAUAGCACCAGUCUCAGCGGAAGACAAGCCAAACUUUCCGCUAUGCCCGUACACCAAGCAGCCACCUACCAAGUCCAACUUAACAUUCACGCGGUGCGUGGGAGCCACCAAGUACACGUGCUGCCCGGACUGCUACGACCUGAAACUCGCGCUGCUCGCGGUCAGCGCAAAGGGCUCCGGCAUCCUUAAUCAGAUCUCGUCCGGCCUCGGCCGCGUGCUCGUCGGGAAGGACAUUCAGCUCUGCUCCAUCUUCGCCGGUAACUCCGCGUGCCAGCUGCACCUCGAACAAGUUGUCUGCGCCAACGGCUGCGACCCAGAGUCGGGAAACUACCUGCAAAUUGUAGACCGAAACACCAAGGGUAUCCUGUCCGUGUGCUCUGACUACUCCUCAGUCGUCUACGAAAGCUGCAAGGACCUUCCACUGCCCGGUUUUGGAACCAUGGCGGAUUUCUUCCCCACUAAAGAGCUCUUCAUGACCAAGCUCUUUGGAGCGGUCAUAGGGCUGAUCGGCAAGCUCAACUACACUGUCAAGAUCAAGCCGGGCCCGGAUGCAUGCUAUAACGGGCCCAAGGCCCUCCCAGCAACGACCCUCUGCUGCGACCCGCUAAAGGUCCCCCGAACGUGCCCUCGCGGCACCAUCAGCUUCAAAGAAAACCCUGAGUUCCGCCCGUUUGUGGGGCGGCAGAUCGACAGCAAGGGCUGCACCGAGAACCCUUCUCUCGCCAUGCUCGGAUCGACUCCUGAUGCGGGGGCUGCAGGGAAGAAGAGCGCUGCUGGUGGUGGUGGGCGUGGGAGGGGGGCCGUGUUGGGGCUUGUACUGAGCUGGUUGGGAGUGUGGCUGGCGUGGGGAGGGUUGUGA